AUUAGUCGCACAUCGAGGACGACCUCACGAGGAAAAGCAAAAUUAUUCGUCGAAGAAGGAUCGCAUACGCGUCUUGAUCCUUUUCAAAUUUGGUCAAAUCAGAUGCAUUCUUCCACCAAGGCAGAUGAUCUUGAUCUUCAGUCCCUUUUACUUGCACUGUCUUCAAGUGUAUUUUGGAUUUUUUCGAAACACCAAUCGAUCGGCAAACAGAAACGUUAACGUUUUACAUUCCUUCAGAUAAGCGAAACCUGUUUAUCAGCAGUGGUGUAGCGAAAAAUUCAUACAUCAAGGUGUGAAGGUUGGGCUUCAUCAUCAUGAUUCUCAAGGAUAGACUCAACUCGAGGCCGCAUGGCUACGUAAAAAUUUUGUGGCAUUGUCUUCCGUUUGACUUCGAUGUUCAGUUCGACGCUUCUUGAUAAGGACGACGUAGCUCUGUAGCACAAAACAUCAUGUCAGGCAGCUUUGGAGAGAACAAGGAGCUCCGCUACGAGGGUGCGCUGACGCAAGUCAAACUGGACGACCCCUCGGAGCAACAGGCAAGUGGCACCGGUGUUCUCGCACCAGAUGACCUCGCACUUGCGCAAGCAGCUUUCGCGAGUGGCCUUGAUGGUUUCGGAAGCAGUUCAUCAUCAGGAUACGGUUAUUUUUAUGGAGCAGGGGGUCAUACUUCGUCGGGGAGCGCCGGCGGCACAGCACAUGAUCUUGAGCACAACUGGCACGCACAGGCGGAGGCGAACUUGAUCGUGCCCGCCUUUCCCUUUCCAACGAAGCUCCAGAGUGACAUCCUGACCUACCAGGACGAGUACAUGGCCGAGUUGAAAAAAAUGGAUUUUGCGGACCUGCUUUCGGAGAUCGUCGAAUCCGGGCGGAUUGACAGCACGCUCCCCUAUCUGUACGCAGACAGCGACACCAACCCAAGCCGGUUGUGGUGUGUAUUACUCCGCUUUUCGCUGCUGCCGCUGAACCGGGAGCAGCUGGACCUCCUCUUGCACCACAGCAGCGGGAUGGCGAAGGCCGCGGGGAUACUGUACGCCCGGUUGGUCUUUCCGCCCGAGGACUUUUACGCGCUCACAGCCCCGAGUCUGCUGUUCGACCUAGAUUUAGUAGAGAAGCAGGUCACCGGACUAGAACAUGCUGGUGCAACUACAGGUGCACAAAACGAUAAGGACUUUGGCAAGGGCGGAGGAGAGGAUGAUCAGGGAGUAGACGAAAAAAUUGACGACGACGAUAGUACGCCGCUUCACCAAGUCAACUCUUCCUCCUCUUCUGCCAGCGAAGGGGAUCACGUGAAUACAAACGGCGCCACCGCGGCGGCGCCAAAGAAAAGCUUCAACAAGAUGUCGGGAGGAGGUUCGAGUAACAGAAAUAACACGACAAGUAAGCCUGCUGCGACUUUCAAGACGACCGCAGCCGCGACCACGUCUCUGAAAAGCCACAAGAAGCACCACCGCGCCGUCGUGCUGUCCGAUGAGGACUCGGACGCGUCCUCGGACGACUCCUCGGACGACUCGGACGAGGAUGGCGAGGACUCGGCGCUAACCGUCGGGGAGUUCCUCGAGGAAAUCUUGUUUCAGAGCUGCGUCGUCACGGGGGACGACGACGAGUACGCGCGCGUGCUCCCCCGCUACCCGGCUCCGCUGCGCCGGAAAAUGCUGCCAAAAUUGAUCGACAUGAAGCACAUACGCCGGCGGCUGUACAUGAACGCACAGAUCAGCGACGAGUUUCUGGCGACCAGCAAAUCCAUCAGUGAUUUGAAGAAAGAAAGGGAAAAAGCAACCCUCAGGAGCUCUUCGCCGUCCUCCGUGUCUUCUAUCUCGUCGAACAAGUCGGAAGGCGAUCAUGUGGGGCGUCAGGAUGAAAAAGACCACGGACGACGCGAGCAGUUGCUGCAGGACUUUUUAGAUGAUCAGAAGCUGUCGAACAGAGCCCCUACGAUGGAGUUCUGUCUGGGUGUGUCCUUGCAUUGGUCAGAUCUGCACACGGCGGACAAUGCUUGCUGGUUCAGCACCGCCGACUUCGAGAUCCGAAGCAUCAGCGAAGAAACCGGGUUCGCGCAGGUCCGGUUCCCGUGGAGCGAGGCGCUCGAGAAGCAGCUGGCUCAGUUUGAAAAACGAGCCGAGGAAAUUGCCGCUGCGGAGCAGGAGCUUCUGCUGCAACAAGGUCAAGGUGGCCACCAGCGCGACAAAAACUUCGCUAAUGGAGGAGGUGCACCAGCAUCAGCAGGAGAUCGAGAUCCUGCGUCCUCAUCAAAGCCAAAUCCCGAUUCGGCGUCCUCUGCUAGUGCUCCGCUACGGCAAAAACUCGUGGUGCGACAGCACACGACGGCGGCACUUGAGAGCAACCCUUUUGCGGUAUUUGAGCACAAUGAUGACAAUCUUCCCGCAGGCGGGAAGAACGAGAAACAGGAUCACAAAUCCAAGAAUCUUCCGGAGAGCAUCGACUACUCGAUCUUCCUGGGGCUGCUUGUGUUGCUGCAGAAGGGCAGCGUGGCGGAGCACGACUUCCUUUCGGAGGACGAGGAGGACACGGGACGGUACAUCUACGACUGGAGUCGCAACCGCGGCUACGGUGCCGAAGACCUUCGGCGGAAAGCCGGGUACCUGCUGCGGCAGAGUGCCGUGGCGGACUCCAAGCAGGGAAUUCGACGGGGCGCCACGGUGAACAUCAGCAGUCAUAGGCGAAAAGACCACAAGGGGCCCUCCCUCGCGUACGCGGCCUCCAAUAAGUACCACCGCAAGCACCUUGAGGAGGAGGAACAGGCUGCGGAGAAGCGCAAGCUGGAAAUCGAAAUAGCACGACAGGAGCGCGAGAAGCGCCAGCAGCGACAAGACGCUUUGGCUUCCAAGUAUGGCGGCCGGGGGUCACCCAAGCGACGGAAACCCAAUGAAGAGGACAACGAAAUUGUUUUUUGACGCAUUUUUAUAUAGUAGGCCCAUGGUAAAAAGGAAAAGCGAUGUCACGUAGAAGCA